AGCAAACUAUAUUUCAUACACCCUUACGGCUUAUUCACCUUCCAAGCAACGUAGACGUAAAUCAUCAAUUCCCUUUAUUUUAUAAUCUAACAUUCUCCUCACAUGCCUUCCCAUGUGCUCCAUCUUUUAUAUAUAUAUAUAUAUAACUAAUAACCUAUUUAGUACUUGAAGCAGAGCUCGCCAGCUACGGCAACCCCGGCACUAGCAGCCACCCGAACAGCGCCGCGAAUGCCUCGCCCUCGUCCCCCCUCCCACCGUCGUCAUCAUGUUCUCUAUGUACUACGAAGGACGACGUGAAGAAAACCAGGUGGCGCCAAUGUAUCACCGGUAGGCAACGAAGAAAGGAAGACAGAGAGGAAAAAACAAAGAAAGCUCUGGCUUUCUAGCUUUUCUUCUAUCCUCCGAAGCAAAGCACCGCUCCUGGACUGGAGUCCUCAUGGCGUCCAAACUACACCCCAAAGCCUGCGGCGAAGGCAUGAGGCAGAGGGUGAACCGCUGCCUCACCAAGCUGUCGGACCGCGACACCGAGGCCAUGGCCGCCUCCGAGCUCGACGCUAUUGCGAAGUCUCUAACGUCGGAUUCUUUCUCGCCCUUUCUCUCCGCCAUUGCUGACACUCGGCCUACCGACAAGACUUCGCUCCGCCGCCACUCCCUCCGCCUCAUAUCGCUUCUUUCUCAUUCUCACCCGGCUUCGUCGCUCGCGCCGCACCUCCCCCGCAUGCUGACCGCUGCCCUCCGCCGCCUCCGCGACCCGGACUCCUCCGUCCGCGCCGCCUGCGUCGACGCCGUCCGCUCAAUGGCUGCCUCCCACCCCGCCGCCGUCGCCCCCGGCCUCCUCCGCCCCCUCGCCGACGCCCUCCUCCACGAGCAGGACCGCUGCGCCCAGAUCGCCUCCGCCCUCUGCCUCGCCGCCGCCGUCGACGCCGCCUCCACCGACCGGGAUCUCGCCCACCACCUCCAGCGCCUGCUCCCCCGCCUCGUGAAGCUCCUCCGGAGCAACGCCUUCAAGGCCAAGCCCGCCCUGCUCUCCCUCCUCGGCAGCGUCGCCGGCGCUGGCGGGGCCUCAACCCCGGCCCUCCUCGGUCUCCUCGUCUCCUGUCUCGUCGAAUUCCUCUCCAGCGAGGACUGGGCCGCGCGGAAGGCCGCCGCCGAUGCUCUUUCCCUCCUCGCCGUCUCCGAGAAGGAUCGGUUAUCUGGAUUCAAGUCGUCUUGCCUCUCCUCCUUCGAGAACCGGAGGUUCGAUAAGGUGAAGAUCGUUCGUGAAUCGAUGAAUCGGAUGCUGGAGGUGUGGAGGGAUAUUCCAACGGCUCUCGAUACUGAGUCUGAUGCCCUGCCGGCAUCCCAGCCACCGUCCAAUCCUUCUCCUGGAGGAAGUGCAAGUGCUGGGAGAUACCCAAUGGCUUCAGUAAGUUCGAGUCCUGUCCAAUCUGCUUCCCCUUCAAUUACAAGGAGGAGUGGAUGCUUAUCCAGCCGAUCGCCUCCGCCUGCUGCCUCACCAAUUCCUACCACCAGAAAGAACACUCCUCCGAUCAGGAAUAAGAAAUUGUCCCCUCCUUCAUUCCGUAAAACAGACCAUAAGCAAAACUCUGAUUGGCGAGUUGAAAUUGCUGUUCCCAACAUGCAUUCGGUUAAAGUUGUAAGUGAAGACAUGAUUUUGAAAGUUCAGGAACAACAACGGAUAGAGGGCAAAAUCAGAUCCAAGUUAGAAGCAAGAAGAAUGCUCUUUGAAAAGAAUGGUGAAGAUAAGGGAAACAAAUUGGCUGGGUUAAAGUAUGCACCGCGCAUGGUUCCAUUUCAAGGUACUGGGAGCUUGGAAUCAACUGCAGUGGCUGACGAUACUACUGAUGAUCUUAAUGCAGCACACAAGGAUGGUGAAAUUGCUGUUCCCAACAUGCAUUCGGUUAAAGUUGUAAGUGAAGACAUGAUUUUGAAAGUUCAGGAACAACAACGGAUAGAGGGCAUAAUCAGAUCCAAGUUAGAAGCAAGAAGAAUGCUCUUUGAAAAGAAUGGUGAAGAUAAGGGAAACAAAUUGGCUGGGUUAAAGUAUGCACCGCGCAUGGUUCCAUUUCAAGAUACUGGGAGCUUGGAAUCAACUGCAGUGGCUGACGAUACUACUGAUGAUCUUAAUGCAGCACACAAGGAUGGUGACCUGUCUUUGAUUCACAGGCAGUUGGUUCAGAUUGAGAACCAGCAGUCUAGUCUGUUAGAACUUCUCGAGAGGUUCAUUGGGAGAUCUCAGAAUGGCAUACAUUCUUUGGAGACUGAAGUGCAUGGCCUAGAGAUGGCAUUACAUGUGAUUUCUCAUGAUCUAGCACUAUGUUCUGGAAGGAUAUCAAACAAUGGUCCUGCAGUGAAUACAUGCUGCAAAUUACCUGAUGCAGGAUUCCUAAGCUCAAAUUUUUGGAGAAGUGAAGGCAGAUAUUCCUCUAGGUUAUCCAUUUCUGGAAUGCAGAACCUAGCUGAGAAGGAGGCAGGGGGGCAUUAUAAGCGGGAUAAGCACCGGUUUGGACAUCAGGGUGGAUUUAUUGUCAACUCAUUAGCAGAUAAUAACCCUCAGUCAGGAGGGAGUAUGGAGGUUGCUUCACAAACAUGCUAAAAGAGUGCAAUUCAUGAUGCUGGAAAUGACAUAACAAAAUGGCAAGAAGCAAGAUGAGGUUUCGCAGAACACAAGGUAAAUAAUUGAUUUCUCAUUUUGUUCACACUUAAUACUCCCUUUGUCUUAGGAUUUGUCAAGAUCCUGUGAAGUUCUUCUGUUAUGUGUGGGCGUUCACCCUGAGAAUCAUUUUGUACUAGACUAGGGAGGAAAAAGCGAUGGUAACCAUGCAUAGCAGCUUAAGUCACAAUGAGGCUACUUUGGCAAGGUGAUCUGCAUGGUUGAGGUGGAACAAUUUUGCGCAUACAUAAUCUGGUGGCAGUUUGAGCGGAGCAAUUAUACCUAUGUUUGUUGUAUUAGAAUUCAUCUACAGAAACUCAAAGCUGAUAUCAGUAGGCAAUUUCUCAAUUGAAGGGCAUUUCUUCAAGAAAAAAAUGUCUUAAUCACUCUCUAUCCAAUAAAGAUAUAGUUCAUCUUAUCUAAC